UUUCUUUCUCGUUUCUGAUCCUCUGUUGCUCUGUUUUGUUUGGAUCUGUUGUCCCGUGAGUUUCUUCUUAUGAAUCUGAUUCGUUUUCUCAAAACCUGAUCGAUAAGAGAUCGACCCUUUUCGAAUAGCGACGUUUAAUGCCUAGGUUUUGUUAUUGUCUACGAGAUUUCUACGGUUUUGGGAAAAAUAUGAGGAUUCUUCGCAUAUAAUGGGAAAGGGGAGAGACCCUUUUCGAUUAAGCUAAAUAUAUGAACGGAUUAGAAAGAACCCAGACUCCAAUGUUCUUGUUAGCGCUGCCAAUAAGAGCCCCAAAACAUACCCAGAAUCCAGGAACAUGAGUCGAUCGCUUGCCUAGCCCAUUGCAUCUAAAUUAUGUGUGAUUUGAACAAAAGGGUUUAGCUGCUGCAUCAACCCCUGUGAAUUUAGCCGAAGUUUCUGGAAAAAUCAUGGGUAUAUUAUAGGUGAGGGAGGAUAUCUCCAUUGAUUAGUGAUGUUUUGAGUGAUUCUAAAAAGGAAAUUUAUGAGAGAAACAAUACCUUACCAUUCAAACGUUGAUGUUCCUAAACAGAGCGAUAAAAGAACGCCUAGAUGGUUUAGGGCGUUGGUAGAUGUGGCUUGUGUCUGUAGCAGAGGGAGCUUUCGCAGACACUCUGUCUGCUUCUCUUUUCGCCUUUCCUCUUUAUAUUGCUGUAAUUUGUCCAUUAAAUGCUUCGUUUCGAGCACUCAAAAAGGCUAUUAUAUUGAUGCUGAGCUGAACCCAUCUGUUUUUUUUUCACUUUCGACAAUUUAAUAACUUAAAUCUCUCUUUAUUCUCUUCUGGGUCUUAGGAUUUGGCUUUAUUUGCGCGUUUCUUGUAACUUUCCCAUCUGGGUUUGGCUUCAAAACGUGAAAUAGCUUCACUAGAUCAAGCAUCAUUUCUGAGAAACCUCACGAUCCAUAUUUCCAAAUGGGUUUCUCUAACUUGAUAUAAGUAGGCGAGCACAGAGUGGCUGCAGAAGCACAACAACAGCCAGAGGCUUCUGCUUAUCGGACCGCGCCGCUCUUGUUUGUCGCUCGUGCGCUUACAAUUUCAAACACAGAUCUCGAGGCCCUUUUACUCUUGGCUAUAACAACUGACAUCUGUUUUGCUUUUACACCAUUUUUUUUGUUCCUUCCCCCGCCAUUUUCUCUUAUUUAUUUAGAGGCCAAUCUUCCUCCUCCAUUGGGUUUGAGCUCAAUACAAAGCACUUGGAUUAGUUUUUUUGGGUUUGUUUUAUACUUUGCUCAAAGGCGUGGGGAUUGACUCUUGAGAAGUUGCAUCAGCCAUAAUCUUAGCCGGGUCGGUGACACUCUGUUGAAUAUUGCUGUUGCUUUGCAGUGAUCUCGAGAAUUGUUAAGUGUUUGGCUUUUGAUGUGGAAUACUGCUCCUCGAUCAAGACAUGCUGAGCUCUGAUGGAGAUGCAGAUGUUUUCUUCGACUCAGAAGAUUACUUGCCAUUGGAGGAGUCCUUGGUAACCGAAGAAGUCGAUGUGAGCAAGUCGGGAUAUGAAAUAUGGAUGAGAGAGCCUCAGAGCAUUAAGAAGAGAAGGGAAUAUUUUCUUCAAGAAGUUGGUUUGAAAGAAUUUGCAUCUUCUUCAAGUACUCGUACACAGGAUUCAGAGAUUGAAUCUAGUUGUUCAUCAGGGAGGAUGGAAUUGGAGAGACUCACAGAGUGUAGUGGAGCUGUUUCAAGCUCUGACUAUGCACCUAGCUGUAAUGUAGUAGACAAUGAUUCAGUAGUACACCACAAUGAUAUGCAAAGUGAUGAAUUCAGCAACGAGGCAAACGAGGCAACCAGUCGACCAUCUUCUGUUUCCAACUCCAGCUUUCAACGAUGCCAAGGUGAAGCUAACGUCGAAGCUUGCAAGGAUAUCGAUGCGAGAAAAAAGAAAAUACUGACUUGGUGGAAAUCCUUAAAAAACAAGGCGGCAAGACUACGAGCUAUGGAGUUUUCUGAGGAAUCAAAAUCAAAUCCUGCGAAAUCCGAAAGUUGCAGAAUGAAGGUGUGCCAAAACAAAAAGAAGUUUUCAGAAUUUAGUGCAUUGUAUAUGAGACAGCAGAUUUGUGCACACAAGGGCUUGAUUUGGACAAUGAAGUUUAGUCCAGACGGGAAGUAUUUGGCAAGCGGAGGAGAAGACGGAGUCGUUCGCAUUUGGCGUGUAACACGUACAAAUGCCUCUAGUGAGUUUUUAGCAAAUGACGCCACAAGAGAAGGGAAGUCUAGUUUCAGCAGUAAACCGUUAAGAUUUGCCACUGUUGUCAUUCCUGCUAAGGUUUUUCAGAUAGAUGAGUUGCCAAUACAAGAAUUCCAUGGACAUUCAAGUGAUGUCUUGGAUAUAGCUUGGUCUACUUCAAACUGUCUUCUUUCAUCCUCAAAGGAUAAAACCGUGCGCUUGUGGCAAGUUGGUUCAGAUCAAUGUCUCAAUGUUUUCCACCAUAAAAACUACGUUACUUGUAUCCAAUUCAAUCCAAUGGAUGAAAACUACUUCGUCAGUGGCUCAAUCGAUGGAAAAAUUCGGAUUUGGGGUGUCUUGAAGCAGCGUGUGGUCGAUUGGGCUGAUAUCCGAGAUGCAAUUACCGCGAUAUCUUAUCAACCAGAUGGGAAGCAGGGGUUUGCUGUUGGUUCUAUCACUGGCACUUGCCGUUUCUACAAAACAUCAGGUGAUGAUUAUAUCAAUCUGGAUGAACAGAUCAAUAUUGGCGGUAGAAAUAAAGCAUCGGGUAAAAGGAUCACUGGCAUUCAGUUUUUCCGAGAGAACUCUCAUAGAGUGAUGAUAACUUCGGAAGACUCUAAAGUACGCAUAUUUGAAGGAACCAAAAUUGUCGGCCAAUACAAAGGUCUAUCGAAGUCGGGUAGUCAGAUGUCUGCUUCCUUUACAGAAAAUGGAAAACAUAUAGUAUCUGUUGGAGAGGACUCUCGUGUAUAUAUGUGGAACUACGAUAGCGUUGGUCUUUCGUCGACGAACGAGACGAAAUCUCAGCAGUCUUGUGAGCAUUUCUUUUCUGAUGGUGUGUCUGUUGCUAUACCAUGUCCUGGCACUGGAACUGAACCAAAGUGCUUGGGUAACAGCCAAUCACAGUUGUCACAGAGACGGGAUAACCAAGGGGAUGCCAGUGGUUUGGAGUGUUUUUCGUUCAGUAAUUGGUUCUCUUCCAAUGGUCUGCGCCGAGGUUCUGCAACAUGGCCAGAAGAGAGACUACCUCUCUGGGAUUUACCAGUUGCAGAAGAUGAACACCAAGAUUGUCAUCAAAAGAAACUAAAUGGCCAUAAUGGCGACGCCCACGACCAAGGAUCUCGACUCGAAACAUGGGGCCUUGUGAUUGUCGUGGCUGGAUCAGAUGGAACUAUAAAGACAUUCCACAACUAUGGAUUGCCCAUCAAGUUUUAGAAGCGCUGCUUGAAUUAGCUCACUUUUCCCUGAGCUUCCAAAAGCAAAAGAGGUUUCAGAAUAUCAGAAAACAUGGCAUUUCAUGUGGUUGAUUCUUUUUCCUGUUUGUAUCUUCCAACGGAAAAGCCUUUCUAUUUUUUUAUUUGUUCUAAGAGGUCCGAAAUCUUGUAAAUCUAAAGAGGCAGGCCACCAUUUUUGCUUGUUUAGUUCUUGUGAAUAUUACCUGCCAAAUGUAAAUGAAAUACGCUUAGCAGAUUUCUAGUCAUUUGGGUGCCUUUCUUCAUGGG